AGAAGCCUGGCAGGGAGGUCAGACGGACGAGCAAGUUCCCUGGGGAUGUUCAUGGAGAAGCAAUUGCAAAGAAACAGCAGGACAUUCUGGAGCUGGUCAUGUCUGUUUUGCUGAAUGGAUUAAGGUUGGUCAUGGUUUGUCACGAUGACCCCACAUCUGACCCUGGUGUGUUUCUCAAACCUCAAACCUCCAACCCUGUCACUGAGCGGUCAUCCCCGGAAGACGAAGCCUUGUGUGAAAACAACCUUUCUUCCUUCUCACUCUAUCUGAUGGAGUCUCUUGACAGUGUCUGCAUUCCAGCUAUUAUGGCAAACCACAAGGGUUUGAGCAGACCUGGGAUUUAUGCUUCACUGUUUGAGUCCCUCUCCAUCAUGCUGUCUCUUCACAAUGACGAUGGUCUCAACAGACUAGCUGAAAAACUAGUUGGAUCAUCUUUCAUUCAACUUGCAAUGGAAGUAAGACAUCAGUUCCAGUCACAAGAAGGAAUCACGGAACUGAUCAAGUCAUCAGAUAGUUUUCUUGUUGAUCUGCUGCACUCGUGUUCAUCCCAAGGCCAAUCUUCCCCAGAUGUUAACAUCUCAACAGAUAUGGUCCAUAACAUCACUGGUGCUCCUGGUGAGAUAUGCCAUCUCCUUGGACACCAUGAAGAUACUACCAGCAGAUCAUCAUCACACAGAGAUACACAACAGUGUCUGAUGGCAUUGCUCUACUAUGCAAGGCUCUAUGGAGACAGAUGUGUUUCAAGCUCUGACCUUCUAAAGUGCCUGACAUCUUUUAUCACUCAGCACCCAGACAUCACCUCUCUUUCUCUCUCAUCCUCUAAGCAUCUUCUCUUCCUCUUUGCCGAUUGCUUUGUGCACUCUGGGACUCGAGCAGGUAGCAGUGCUUGCUACAUAUUGGCUGAUCACAUGACACGACUAGAGGUUAAGUCAUUGUACACCAACCAUCGCAGUCUAAUUCAGUGGGUAUUCAUGGCGAGUAACAUCCCUACACAAGCAGCAGAGAAAAUGUUAACUCAGUGGAUAGACCAUCUUGAUAUGCAUAUAGAUGAGAUGAGACUUGAAGACCUUGGUGAGGAUGAUGACAUUGCCUUCACUCUUCAUCUAAUGGCACAGCAUUCUACCUGCCUUGAUAUUAUGCUGGAUGUGCUAAAGCAUGAAUUACAUCCAACUGGUCGUAAGUGUGCCAGUCUUAUUAAACAGUUGCUUUCUGCAAACCAAACCAUUGAAGAUACCCAAGAUAUGGAAAGGAUUAAGAAGAGGAUACCAGAUCUACUCCAAGCUUGCUCUAUGAAAGAUUCAACAAUACAAACUGGUGCAGAACUAGGUUGUAUUUUAGAGGUUCUAUGUGCACUUUACCAGAAUUAUCCAUCAAUAACCCUUGAGGAGAUUGAUCUCAAGAUUAUUUAUCAUGUCAUCAAUGUUCUUACAAAGAAUGCAGAAAACAGUGAUGAUGUGAUUUAUUCUAGCCUGAAUUUCUUGCUGGAUCUGCUUGUUCAUACUGCAAGGCAUGGUGAAAGUAGAGUGGUAUCCUUAAUCGUAUCCAAUGGAGCUAUUCUGACAUGCCUUGAGUGCCAUUGUAACAUGGAACCAGCAUUAUCAGUUCAUCUUGACAUUCAUUGCUGUGCUCUGAAUCUACUUGCACACCUCACCAUCUAUCAGAAACAUUACAACAUGAAGGUCAGCCAAAAAAUAAAUCUCAAGGAAGAUGUUCUACUGCGGUUGGUGACUUGCUCUUCAAAAGUAAUCCAGCAAUUGGCAAGCAUACAGCUGUGGACAGCAUUGUUCCUGUCAUCUGCCUCACAAAAAGAGCCUUCAUCAUCAUGUGAGCAAAGAGAGCCAUCCCUUAUCAAGGUUUGCUCUGACAAGAGAAGAAAGCUCCUGGAAGAGGAAGACCUGGGACUCCCUGUGUCCUGUCAAACCUUGAGGAAUGUCUUUGCCUCUUUACAGAAUGUUAUGUUGCAGGGUAAUGAUCUGUUAUUACAUGCAUCUGUUAUCUGUAUCAAAUCAAUGAUCAACAUGACGGCUGAUAAAAAUCCAACAGCAAAUCAACACCUACUGAGUCAGCCGUGGAACCAACUACUUAUCAACUGCGUCGUGGAACUGUACCAAGAUUCAAACUCUAUUAACCAAGCCAUUCCAGAACUAAUCACCCUCUUCUUGAGACAAGGAAACGUACAAAGCUAUGUGAAGCAACAUCAUGUGGAUAGCUUACUGAUAUCUAUCUUGAAGACGGAGCCCACUCAGCAUGACAGACAACAAGCAACUGCCAUUCAACAUCUACUGAAUGCAGUACGAGCCAGACCAGAAAUUGUGUUGAGCAAGAGACAGGAUGAUCAGAUAACUGCCUGGAUGGACAAGCUAAAGACUCACCUACUGCAACUUCCCCAGCAUCAUCCUGUAUUUUACCUUCUUUAUCCCUAGAAUGUAGGCCCAUAGAGAGUAGGGAGUGAUUAUCUAAAACUGAGCAGACUCAGAACUAUAUCCUAUGACAUUGCCUAAGAUCAUCUUACAGUUCUCUAUUAGGAAGUGUCGGCCAGAGGGGAUAUUUAGAAGGUUGGUUAGCUCGGAUCAUGGAUAGGCUCAGUAAAACAUCCUGCAACCCUUCCCAUGAUCAUGCCAGGUAAACACAACACCCAACGUCUAAUGGAAAACCAAACAUGGAUACACGUAGGCUGCUACAAGCGCAUCGCUUGAGUCUUUGUACGCACAAGCUUACGCACUGAGCCGGCCAUCUAUGUACUGUACUGCUUCAUAUAAACAUGUUUAGUGGCACACGAGGUGCAUGCAUUCAAUUAUAUUCAGAUUGUAGGUUGAAAAUACACUAAUUAUGAUUGCAUUUUUUUGCGUGUGAACUGUAUAUUUGUUUAAAUUCCACUGUACCAGCAUGUGUUCCUGAGAGACUCGUAUUUGUUUUCAAAAAAUUUUGUCAAUUUUCAUGGUUAACAUUCUAUUGGGGUUUGCAUCUCUGAUCAUGUAAGAGUUCUCUGUUAUUAAAUGUGUGCUAGAUGUGAAUGGAAUAGUUGAACGUUGUGCAUUGUGAAAGGUUCAGUAGGCUACCACUACUACUCCAUGAUCAUUUUAGAUUUCUAUAUCAAACAUUGUUGACCCACAGGAAGUUAGGAUCAACUACAUCAAGAAUUUGUUGCAUGAAAAGGAAUAAGUGAUUCCUUAACCUUAGCAGCAGAAUCUAUCAUGGGCAUGAAACAGAGAUAAAUAGCAAUUGCUGAUUUUAAAGCUAUGUUGUAAUAUAAUUUUCCAGAAGCUGGGCUCUCAAAUUGAAGGGUCGGUGGUUCAAAUCCCGACUGUGUUCAAUAAAUAACACAUCCUGUUAUGAAAUUUAGGGCUAUCACUUUAUUAUGUUGUGAUUUGUUAUAACAGAACUGCCAGUUGUGGUAACAAACUCAAUUAUUCAAACAGAAUCCAAUAAAAUGACCACCCAAGUGUUUGUAUCAAUAAAAAAUAUGUGCCAAAUAGCUCUUGAAAAAUAUUGCUGAGAAACAAGAAUAAACGUAGGAUUCAUCAAAUGUCGGGUAUUUUUCAAAGCAUUUUAAGUACACUGGCGCCCUUAUACUUUUCUGUGCGAGUGAUCAGAUAUGAUGUCAGUUUUCAGCUAAGAUUCAUGAUUUCCCAAAGAUAAGUGUAUGUUAUUAUUCCAGAUCUAGAUCAAUGAUAAUAGGGUGAUUAUAAACCUUGAUUUGAAAGGCUCUCAUGAAUGAAAUACUCGUUUGCUGCAACUACAUUCCUUUACCUUUUUACAUUUUACUAUUAUUACAUUUGUGACAUUUAUUGUAUACAGUCGUGCCAUAUUUUGAAGAAAAAGAAAUUAUUUUGUUUUACUUUUUUGUUACUUCCAUGAAUUCAUUAAAUUUACCCCAUGUAAAUUGAGAAUUUAAUAUUUUUCACCAAUUCACUUUGCAAUAUGUGAUGUCAUUGCGUCGCCAUGUUAGAUGCUUAAGCCAUUGUUUUGCAUGCAUUUAUGAUCUGCAGCUGCUGCUCUCUUUAUACAUAUUCCUAUAGCCUCUGAUGAGAAAGGGCACUGUGAGAUUACGAUUAUUAUACAAGGUCUAUACUCAAGUUGAUGCUACUACAGGUAUGAAAUACAACCUUUCAAUAAUGUAAACUGUAUCGACUUCAUAUAAACUAUCAAUAAUCUACAAAUACAUAUCAG